AUGGAGGGCCAGACUCCGACCAGAGGUCGCUCACGCCCUCCAUCUCUCCCUCCCAGCUCCUCACGCUCCAGGAACGGCCUGCGGUUGAACCCCCAAAUGUCUUUCCAGAGCAGCAAUUCUUCGGCCAGCGACCUGGCCAACGCCUCGCCCAAGCUCAAGCAUGCCCACCUGGCGCGCCGCUUCGAGCACCCUUCGGGGACCGGCCGCCGCGGGUCCGUCUCCUCGGGCAGCGACCGGCCGAGGUCGCGGGUGUCAGGCGGUACGGCGACGGACGAGUCGAGGCACAGCGAGCCGCGGUCGGCCGUGUCGAGCUACCUCCAGGAGAAGCUGGCGCGUGAGAGAAAGGUCGACAGCGAGCGCUCGGCUAGCAGGAUGAGCAACGGGCCCGAUACCACGCUGAACAGCGGCAUCCUACGGAUAUCGCCGACGCGAGCCAACACGACGGACGGCGAGAGGCCACAGUCGAGCGGAGGCGGCUCUUCCAAAAAGAAGGGUCUGGGACUGAAGGAGAUGGAGCAGACUCUUACCACCCUACACAAACAAAACUUUGACCUAAAGCUCGAAUUGUAUUACCGACGCGAAACCCAGGGCAAACUGGAAGAACGAAUCGAGAAGCUGGAGGUGGAAAAGAAGGCCUGGGACGCCAUGAAUGGCAAGCUGUUGGACGAGUUGGAGAAACGCGACAAGGCCGUCGAGGAGGCCGUGGCCAUGAUUGUUACUCUUGAGGGCAGGCUGGACCAACUGCUGGAAGAGCGGGAGAUGGUACGCCGAGUCGACAAACAAGGCUACUACCCUACGCCCGAUGUUUCCGACAUGGCCGCCACGCCCAAGAUGAAGCACAAGGAGAACACGCUCGCGAGGAUGCCCAGCUGUUUGUCAGAAUACAGCGAGACGACGGAAAACCUGAGAGAGGUCUAUCUGAGCAACCGGAAUAUCGGGAGCGUCCUGAGCCUGCCGCGUCUGUCGUCGGACACGUUUGACGAGCAGCAGGCCGCAAACAUGAUGGGCAGCCCGAGCAUGAGCAUCCUCAGCGAGAGCUCCUUCGUCAGUGUGUACGGCCAGAAGAAACCAUCGACAUCUAGCCAAGAUCAGGACGGAGUCGAUGGGGCAUCGGAACCGGCAUCGCGUGACGUUUCGGGCGCGUUGAGCCGCAAGACGCCGACUAGGUCUCGCCGUUCGACAUCAGUGACCUCAAACAAUGCCGCCGGCAACUUCUCAUCCAUCACCGAGCUCAUGGACAAGAACAUGAACUACUCGCCUCUGCAGCGCCUGGAGAAAAUGGAGAAGUCACUCGCUGCGAUGAACGAGGCUUCGAGAGCCGGCAGCGAGGAGCCCGAACAACAGCAGGCCUCGGGAUACCCGCCGGCGAGGCGACCCCGAGUCUCACUGCGAAAAGUCCGGACCGACGCACCGCCUCUGUCGUCAGACCUAAACCCACACAACCUCCCGCCGACCCCAGAUACCAUCUCCACGUCGACCCUUAGACGGUACAAGAACUCCAAUGACACGCUCUCGCGAGAUAAUACCUUUGCCAACAACGAGCGGAGCUAUCUUGCGCUUUCCGAAGCCACAUCUCGCUCCACCAGCGGUGACAACCCCCUCGCGGCAUGGAGCGCCGGCCCGACGCCCCUCGUCGCCCAGAACCCCUCCAUCUCGGCCUUUAGCAGCCGGCGCGACGGCGGCACAACCGGCGUGCUGAAGAGCAGCAGCUACUUCGACAACCGCCUGCCCAUCCCUCCCCGGCCGCACUCGGCCGAUGAAUCGACCGUGUCGCGGCACGGUGCCGCCCGCAACGACGGCUGGGACUCGGACAGCACUGACGACAUCGACGGCAACGACUCGGCCUCGCUGCACGACUACUGGAUGCGCGAGAGCCUGCGCGGCGAAGGGCAGCAGCAACCCAACAGCCAGCUACAGCCGGCUGCGCACCUCAGGGCCAAGAAGAACGCGCACCAGUCGCCCGACCUCUUCUCCUUCCCGGCCGUGGGAUCGGGCGACGGCUGGGCCACGGACGUCAUGUUCGGGCACCUGGGUGGCGCCGGCUACGCGCCGCUGUCGGACGCGCUCGACGCCCUGGGUGACUCUCUGCCUACGCCGCAGGCGGGUCUGUUUGGAGCGGGCCUCGCCUCUCCUGGCCCGGACGGCGCGGUCAGGCCCCCUCCGCCACCAAACAGGCGGUCGAGCCUGCAUGCGCAGACGGGGUCGACUUCCGGCACGCCUGUCAAAGCGACCCAUGCAGGCGCCGCCAAGUUGCGCAAGUCUCCUGUGCGGUCUAACGCGCCGCGCCCACCGCCGAUGCGGCGCAACAGUGCUGAUGAGGGAACUACUGGUCUCCCGUUCUCGCAGAGCCAGCCAGUCGGGGUGGGCGGUGCGGAGCACCAGCAGCCGCAGAAGGGGUCGUAUUACCCGCCCAACCCCACGCGCCGGCUGAAGAACCUGUUCCGCCGAUCGGGGUCGCAUGAUCAGAACUCCCUCCCGCAGGCGGCUACGCAGCCUGAUGUUAAUACUGUGGCUCAGCAGCAGCAGCAGGAAGUGCAGGUGCCGAUGGUCGGCGUGCCGAGCUGGGGGAACAGGCGGGACCUGGAGGAGGACCAGUUUGCGAGCGCGACGCCACCUCCUAUCCUGCGGAAUCCGAGGGUGCCUGGUCCGCCGCGGAGAGGCAGUAUGCCUGGCGCGGUUGGCGGCGAAGCGGUUGGGAAGAUGCCGGCAGCGGAGGAGGUGCAGCAGCCUGCGGUGCAGGACGGCGGCGCCAAGGACGUCGGAGGCGCUCACGGCCCCGAAGGGCCUGCUCAUGCAGGCGGCAACAAGCUCAAGUGGCUCGGGCGUAUGAGCAGUCUCCGGAACCGUGCUGGAUAG